UGCAACGUUCAACUUCACUCCAGCUCCUGUUUUCACACAAAAGCUUGGAAGUGACUUGGGAGGAGAGUCCGUCUGUGCGCGUGUGUGAGGACAAACGGGCUGCGGGAUGAGAGGACGAAGCGGGAGCGUCGCCCGUUAGGAAGCUGCUGACGCUGCACUUUUCGCUCUGUCGUCGCCUGUGUGACCUUUGACCUCCAUUCGGGAUCUUCAGCGGCGUGCCAUGGAGACGGCAGCGUGCGGAGGCUGGAGGGAGAAGGAGGACGAGAGAGGCAGACGUUUCCUCCCCCGUCCUCGGCUGCCUGGGGCUCACCUUUGACCUCUUGGCCUUCCACACCGGGUCACCUGACGUGAGGAGGGGCUGGGGGGGGUGAGGGCGUCCGCAUGCAAAUGAACCGGCCUCGCAGCGCCCUGCUUGGCGUCGGCCUGCCCCCGGCCCCACCGCCGUCCCCUCCUGCGACUCCUUCCUCCUUCUCCAGUCACUUCAGCACCUUGAGGUUCUCCUACCACCUGCACAACAGCUCCCCCUGUAGGACAGGUCCCUCCUCGAGUCCGAGCCUGCCGGCUAAGGGUCUCUCUCUGGAACCUCCCUGUGGCCACCAGGGUGCGCUGGGUGCCGAUGCCCCCCAGCAGGCCAGCUGCUCCUCAUCGGGCCCCGCCUCCCUGGAAGGCGGAGCUUCUUUCGGAGAACUGCAGGAGGUCAACGAGACAGGACCGCCGCAGCUGCCGACGUGCACCCUGACACCUGCGAGUAGGAGGCGGCCUAAUGCACUGGGACCAAAGCCUCAAGUCCCGCCCAAGCCCCCUCACCUCCAGCAGCAGGUGGGGGCCUUGAGGUCGCGACCCCGUGCUCCGGAAAAGCCCCUCCCGCCUCCCCCACCAUGUAGGCCUCUCCCGAUGGACCCCCGAGGGUGCCGGACCCCGCCGCCCCGCCCCGAUGACCACGCAUCCCCCACCUGCGUGCUGUCGCUUAUCGAGAAGUUUGAACGCGAGCAGAUCAUCAUGGUUCCUGACAUCACCGGGGGGGCUCUGUGUCCCCGCCCCCUCGACUCAGCCUCUUCCCGACCCUCGUCCCCACCGUCAUCCGCCCCUCCUCCAACCGAGGGGGAAGAGGAAGUCGUGCUGCAGGCAGGGGAGGAUCCGGCCCAGGAGGCAAGGCCUGAGGUGCCCUCAGAGAAAGACCUGGAAGACGAGCUCAGCGAGCAUCCGCCUGUGGACCAAUCAGAAGCCCCGCCCGGGCGUCUGUCCCUCCCAUCCUCGCAGACGGACGGCAAGCUGGCCAACCGCGACAGCGGCAUUGACAGCAUCAGCUCGCCGUCGCACAGCGAGGAGCUCUGCUUUGUGGGCGUGGACGAGGUGGGCGGGGCUUACCCCUGCGCCCUCCCCCGCCUCUCCAGCUCGUCCUCAUACGCUGGCGAGGAGGGCGGGGCCAGGAGGCGGGACUUCUCUGAGGACGCUGACAGCGACCUGGAGGAGGAAGAGGAGGCGGAGCUAACGCUGGUGCUCCCGCCUGCACGGCAAGACUUGGCAGAGCUGUCUGUCCAGCAGAGGGUGUUCCACAUCGCCAACGAGCUCCUUCACACCGAGAUCUCCUACGUGUCCAAACUGCACCUCCUGGACCAGGUCUUCUGUGCCAGGCUCCUGGAGGAGGCGCGCUCGCGCUCGUCCUUCCCCUGCGACGUGGUCCAUGGGAUCUUCUCCAACAUUUGCUCCAUCCAUUGCUUCCACCAGCAGUUCCUCCUGCCUGCCCUGCAGAAGCGCAUGGAGGAGUGGGACUCGAACCCGCGCAUCGGGGACAUCCUGCAGAAGCUGGCGCCCUUCCUGAAGAUGUACGGCGAGUACGUGAAGAACUUUGACCGUGCCAUGGAGCUGCUCAACACCUGGAUGGAGAGGUCGGCUCAGUUCAAGAGCAUCAUCCACGGCAUCCAGAGGGACGAGCGCUGUGCCAACCUGACGCUGCAACAUCACAUGUUGGAGCCGGUCCAAAGAAUUCCCCGUUACGAACUCCUGCUCAAAGAUUACCUUCACCGCCUGCCUGACGACGCCCCCGACUACAAGGACGCUCAGAAGUCCCUGGAGCUAAUCGCCACGGCAGCGGAGCAUUCCAACGCCGCCAUCAGGAAGAUGGAGCGAAUGAGGAAGCUGCUGAAAGUCUACGAGCUGCUGGGCGGGGAGGAGGACAUCGUUAACCCCGCUAACGAGCUCAUCAAGGAGGGACACAUCCUCAAACUGUCCAAUAAGAACGGCACAUCGCAGGACCGCUACCUCAUCUUGUUCAACGACCGGCUGCUCUACUGCGUUCCCAAGCUGCGUCUGAUUGGCCAGAAGUACGGCGUCCGCGCUCGCAUUGACGUGGACGGCAUGGAGCUGAAGGAGAUGAGCAGCGCGGCGGCUCCUCUGACCUUCCUGGUGUCGGGGAAGCAGCGCUCGCUGGAGCUGCAGGCCAGGACGGAAGAGGACAAGAAGGACUGGAUCCACGCCAUCCAGGCCACCAUCCACAGACACGAACACACCAUGGACACCUUCCGCCAGCUGACUUCUUCCCUGCGGGAUGAUGAGGCCACGCCCCCUCACUCCCCGAGCUGCGCUGAGCUGGGCAAGCGAGCGCCGACGCCGAUCCGCGAGAAGGAAGUGACGCUGUGCAUGAAGUGUCAGGAGGCCUUCAACGCCAUCACCAGGCGCCGCCAUCACUGCAAGGCCUGCGGUCACGUGGUUUGCGGCAAGUGCUCCGAGUUCCGCGCCCGCCUCUCGUACGACAACAACCGCACCAACCGCGUGUGCGUGGACUGCUACGCCAUGCUGGUGGGCGUGUCCCCCACCCCCUCCGUCAUGGCCGGCCCCGGCCUGAGGAGGCGCUCCAUCCUGGAGAAACAAGCCUCGCUGGCGGCCGAGAACAGCGUCAUCUGCAGCUUCCUGCACCACAUGGAGAAAGGAGGGGGGCGGGGCUGGCAGAAGGCGUGGUUCGUCAUUCCGGAAAACGAGCCGCUGGUGCUCUACAUCUACGGCGCCCCUCAGGACGUGAAGGCGCAGCGCAGCGUUCCCCUCAUCGGCUUCGAAGUGUCGCUCCCGGAGUCAUGUGACCGCCUGGAGCGUCGGCACACCUUCAAGAUCUGCCAGAGUCACCUGACGCUCUACUUCAGCGCGGAGGGGGAGGAGCUUCAGCGCCGCUGGAUGGACGUGUUGUCGAGGGCCGGCAAGGGGGAGGAGCCACUGGCCCACCGGCUAAUCGUGGAGGAGGAGGAGGAGGGGGAGGGGGAAGAGCCGGCGGGGCAGGCGGAGGUUGACAACACGUGAUUUGAUUGGACGAGGAGUGGUGCUGAGGGCGGGGCCAUUUCACGUGCACGACCCGACUGAAAGCACAAUUAUCGUCGUCGUCAUCCUGGCGCCAUUUUUCGUGGAUGACCCGAGCCAGAGACUCCGCCCAUCUUCUAUCCCGCAAAACCGCCCUUUGGGGAAACUUUGGUGCGGGCGGCAAUGCAAGUCAAAGGUCAAACCUCCUUCCUAACCCUCAAAGUGUCGUCCCACAGCAGGCCUUGCUCCGAGGUCCUCUGCUGGCAGAGUGCGGUACUGCACACAUUAUCGCUGAGUCAGUAAAUUAUUUUUGAUAUUUUAGGACUCCCGGACUGGCCUCCGCAUCUUUUCUUCUCUAGGAGCAGAACUCAAGUUGAAGAAUGGAUGGGACAAAAAAAGUUCAAAGAGCAACACCAGCGCUGGAGAGACAAGCAUUCUCUAGAAUGGACGCCCUCCUUGGCUGCUUGGAUCGAAACUGAAAGUUAACUCUGCAUUUUUCUCCAGUCCGGCUCCCUGAAGGAGACACAAGGUGUAGGAACACACGCUGCAUGCCAGCAGGACCAAGCUCAGACUUCUCCAGCCUUCAAUUCUGCUCGUAAUAUUCCUCGAAGACACAUCUGUCAAACUCAAGGCCCGGGGGCCGAAUCUGGCCCGCCACCUUAUUUAAGGUGGCGGGCCAUUUCAUUUAACGAGGGCAAUCACGCCAUUUAUCAUGGUCGAUCAAGUCUUUUAAAGUGGUCUGCCGUGUCAUUCAACGAGGUCCGCUACAUCGUUUAAUGUGGUCCAUCACAUUAUUUAGUGUGGUCGAUCACGUCGUUUAAUGUGGUCCAUCACAUUAUUUAGUGUGGUCGAUCACGUCGUUUAAUGUGGUCCAUCACAUUAUUUAGUGUGGUCGAUCACGUCGUUUAAUGUGGUCCAUCACAUUAUUUAGUGUGGUCGAUCACGUCGUUUAAUGUGGUCCAUCACAUUAUUUAGUGUGGUCGUUCACGUCGUUUAAUGUGGUCCAUCACAUUAUUUAGUGUGGUCGAUCACGUCGUUUAAUGUGGUCCAUCACAUUAUUUAGUGUGGUCGAUCACGUCGUUUAAUGUGGUCCAUCACAUUAUUUAGUGUGGUCGAUCACGUCGUUUAAUGUGGUCCAUCACAUUAUUUAGUGUGGUCGAUCACGUCGUUUAAUGUGGUCCAUCACAUUAUUUAGUGUGGUCGAUCACGUCGUUUAAUGUGGUCCAUCACAUUAUUUAGUGUGGUCGAUCACGUUGUUUAAAGUGGUCCAUCACAUUAUUUAGUCUGGUCGAUCAUGUUGUUUAAUGUGGUCCAUCACAUUAUUUAGUGUGGUCGAUCACGUCGUUUAAAGUGGUCCAUCACAUUAUUUAGUCUGGUCGAUCAUGUUGUUUAAUGUGGUCCAUCACAUUAUUUAGUGUGGUCGAUCACGUCGUUUAAUGUGGUCCAUCACAUUAUUUAGUGUGGUCGAUCACGUCGUUUAAUGUGAUCCAUCACAUUAUUUAGUGUGGUCGAUCACGUUGUUUAACGUGGUCCAUCACGUCAUUUAAAGUGGUCGAUCACCUCAUUUAAUGUGGUCCAUCACGUCAUUUAACGUGGUCCAUCACGUCAUUUAAUAUGGUCCAUCACGUCAUUUAACGUGGUCGAUCAUAUCAUUUAAUAUGGUCCACCAAGUAAUUUAAUGUGGUACAUCACGUCAUUUAAUAUGGUCGAUCACGUCUUUUAACGUGGUCGAUCACGUCAUUUAAUAUGGUCGAUCACGUCUUUUAACGUGGUCGAUCACGUCAUUUAAUAUGGUCCACCAUGUAAUUUAAUAUAGUCCAUUACGUCAUUUAACGUGGUCCAUCACGUCAUUUAAUGUGGUCGAUCACGUCAUUUAAUAUGGUCCACCAAGUAAUUUAAAGUGGUACAUCACGCCAUUUAAUGUGGUCGAUCACGUCAUUUAACGUGGUCGAUCACAUCAUUUAAUAUGGUCCACCAUGUAAUUUAAUGUGGUCCAUCACAUCAUUCAAUAUGGUUGAUCACAUCAUUUAAUAUGGUCGAUCACGUCAUUUAACGUGGUCGAUCACGUAAUUUAACGUGGUCGAUCACAUCAUUUAAUAUGGUCCACCAUGUAAUUUAAUGUGGUCCAUCACAUCAUUUAAUAUGGUCGAUCACAUCAUUUAAUAUGGUCCACCAUGUAAUUUAAUGUGGUCCAUCACAUCAUUUAAUAUGGUCGAUCACAUCAUUUAAUAUGGUCCAUCACGUCAUUUAAAGUGGUUAAUCACAUCAUUUGAUAUGGUCAACCAUGUAAUUUAAUAUGGUCCAUCAUGUCAUUUAAUGUGGUCGAUCACGUCAUUUAAUAUGGUCCACCAUGUAAUUUAAUGUAGUCGAUCACGUCAUUUAAUUUGGUCGAUCACGUCAUUUAAUGUGGUCCACCAUGUAUUUUAAAGUGGUCGAUCACGUCAUUUAUUGUGGUCCACCAUGUAAUUUAAUGUGGUCCACCAUGUAAUUUAAUGUGGUCCAUCAUGUUAUUUAAUUUGGUCGAUCAUGUUAUUUAAUGUGAUCCCCAAUGUAAUUUAACGUGGUCCAUCAUGUUAUUUAACGUGGUCGAUCACAUCAUUUAAUAUGGUCCACCAUGUAAUUUAACGUGGUAUAUCACGUCAUUUAUUAUGGUUCAUCACGUCAUUUAAUAUGGUCGAUCACAUCAUUUAAUAUAGUCGAUCACGUCAUUUAACUUGGUCGAUCACGUCAUUUAACAUGGUCGAUCACGUCAUUUAAUGUGGUCCAUCAUGUCAUUUAAUAUGGUCCAUCACGUCAUUUAACAUGGUCGAUCACGUCAUUUAAUAUGGUCCACCAAGUAAUUUAAAGUGGUACAUCACGCCAUUUAAUGUGGUCGAUCACGUCAUUUAACGUGGUCGAUCACAUCAUUUAAUAUGGUCCACCAUGUAAUUGAAUGUGGUCCAUUACAUCAUUCAAUAUGGUCGAUCACAUCAUUUAAUAUGGUCGAUCACGUCAUUUAACGUGGUCGAUCACGUCAUUUAACGUGGUCGAUCACGUCAUUUAAUAUGGUCUACCAUGUAAUUUAAUAUGGUCGAUCACGUCAUUUAACGUGGUCGAUCACAUCAUUUAAUAUGGUCCACCAUGUAAUUUAAAGUGGUACAUCACGUCAUUUAAUGUGGUCGAUCACGUCAUUUAACGUGGUCGAUCACAUCAUUUAAUAUGGUCCACCAUGUAAUUUAACGUGGUCCAUCACAUCAUUUAAUGUGGUCCAUCACGUCAUUUAUUAUGGUCCAUCACGUCAAUUAACGUGGUCGAUCACGUCAUUUGAUAUGGUCCACCACGUCAUUUAACGUGGUCCACGUCAUUUAACGUGGUCCACCAAAUAAUUUAAAGUGGUACAUCACGUCAUUUAACGUGGUCGAUCACGUCAUUUAAUAUGGUCCACCACGUCAUUUAAUGUGGUCGAUCACGUCAUUUAAUUUGGUCGAUCACGUCAUUUAACGUGAUCGAUCACAUCAUUUAACGUGGUCCAUCACGUCAUUUAUUAUGGUCCAUCACGUCAAUUAACGUGGUCGAUCACGUCAUUUAAAAUGGUCCACCAUGUAAUUUAAUGUGGUCCAUCACGUCAUUUAAUAUGGUCGAUCACAUCAUUUAAUGUGGUCGAUCACGUCAUUUAUGGUGGCCUGUUGUCAUUCAAAAUGGUCCGCUACAUGACGUGGUUAGCCACGUCAUUUAACUUGUUCCGCCACAUCAUUUAACAUGGUUCGCCACUUUAUUCAAUGUGAUCCUUCACCUCAUUUAUCGUGGCCUGCCACAUCAUUAAUGUGGUCUGUCACAUCAUUUUAUAGGGCCUGCCAUGUCAUUCAACAUGGUCCACCACGUCAUUUACCAUGGUCCAUCAAAUCAUUUAGUGUGGCCUAAAAUGUCAUUCAAUGAGGUCUGCCACAUGAUUAAAUGUUUUUUGUCACAUUAUUUAAAGGGCUCCGUCACUUCAUUUAGGAUGGCCUGCCAUUUAAUUUAAUGUGCUCGACCACAUCAUCUAAUGUGGUCCGUGACAUCAUUUAGACUGAACUGCCAUAUCAUUCAAAUUGGCCUGUUACAUCAAUUAAUGUGGUCUGCCACAUGAUUUAUUGUGGUCCGUCACAUCAUUUAGGUUGGCCUGCCAUGUCAUUCAACGUGGUCUGCCACGUCAUUGAAUGUGUUCGCCACGUGAUUCACUGUGGUACGCCACGUCAUUGAAUGGGAUUCUUCACAUCAUUUAGCUUGGCCUGCCACAUCAUUUAACGUAGUCCCUCACAUCAUUUAGGUUGGCCUGCCAAUUCAUUUAACAUGGUCCAUCACAUCAUUUAGGUUGGCCUGCCAUGUCAUUCAAUGUGGUCGGCCACGUGCUUCACUGUGGUGUGCCACAUCAUUCAAUGGGAUGCUUCACGUAAUUUAAAGUGGCCCGCCAUAUCAUUUAAUGUGGUCCGUCUCAUCAUUUAGCACUGUGUGCCAUGUCAUUCAACAAGGUCUGCCACAACAUUUAACUUAGUUCGCCACGUGAUUCACUGUGGUACGCCACAUCAUUUAUGUUGGCCUACCAUGUCAUUCAACGUGGUGUGCCGCGUCAUUGAAUGUGGUCCGUGACAUCAUUUAGGUUGGCCUAUCAUUUAACAGUGGCCUGCCACAUCAUUCAUUGUGAUCCGUCACAUUAUUUAGGUUGGCCUCCCAUGUCAUCCAAUGUGGCCGUCCACAUCAUUUAAUGUGGUCCGUCACAUCAUUUAGGUUGGCCUGGCAUAUCCAUUACAGUCGCCUGCCACAUCAUUUAAUGUGGUCCGUCACAUCACUUAAGUUGGCCUGCCAUUUAAUUCAAUGUGGUCUGCCACAUCUUUUAAUGUGGACCGUGACAUCAUUUAGGUUGGCCUGCCAUGUCAUUCAACGUGGUCUGCCACUUUAAUUAACGUGGUCCGUCACAUCAUUUUGGUUGGCCUGCCAGAUCAUUUAACGUGGUCCGUCCCAUCAUUUAGGUUGGCCUGCCUUAUGACAUUUAACGUGGUCCGUCACAUCAUUUUUGUUGGCCUGCCAGAGCAUUUAUUGUGGCCUGCCACAUUUUUUAACGUGGUCUGUGACAUCAUCUAGUUUGGCCUGCCAUGUCAUUUAAAGUCGCCUGCCACGUCAUUUAACGUGGUCGGUCACAUCAUUUAGGUUGGCCUGCCAUGUCAUUUAAUGUGGUCCGUCAAAUCAUUUAGGUUGGCUUGCCAUGUCAUUUAAAGUCGCUUGCCACAUCGUUUAAUGUGGUCUGUGACAUCAUUUAGGUUGGCCUGCCAUGUCAUUUAAAGUCGGAUGCCACAUCAUUUAACGUGGUCUAUCACAUCAUUUAGGUUGGCCUGCCACAUCAUUUAAAGUCGCCUGCCACAUCAUUUAAAGUCGUCUGCCACAUCAUUUAAAGUGGUCCUUCACAUCAUUUAGGUUAGCCUGCCAUGUCAUUUGAAGUCGCCUGCCCCGUCAUUUAAUGUGGUCCGUCACAUUAUUUAGGUUGGCCUGCCAUUUAAUUCAAUGUGGCCUGCCACGUCUUUUAACGUGGUCUGUCACAUCAUUUAGGUGGGCCUGCCACAUCAUUUAAAGUGGUCUAUCACAUCAUUUAGGUUGGCCUGCCAUUUAAUUCAAAGUGACCUGCCACAUCUUUUAACGUGGUCCGUGACAUCAUUUAGGUUGGCCUGCCAUGUCAUUCAACGUGGUUUGCCACGUGAUCCACUGCGGUGCGCCACAUUGAAUGGGAUCCUUCACGUCAUUUAAAGUGGCCCGCCACAUCAUUUAAUGUGAUCCGCCGAAUCAUUUUAUGUAGUCCGCCCCAUCAAUUAAAGCGGCCCUAUUAGCGACGUGGCCCUCAAUAAAAAUGAGUUUGACAGCCCUGAUCUAAGAACUGCAGUCAAUAUCCAAUCAGAAUCCUUCUGAGGUGACCACGCUCAGACCACCUGAGGCGUGGUCUCCAUGACCUCUGACCUUGGGACAGUGUGUGCUAGUAACUCUCUUCUGGGUGUUGUCGGAUGUUUGUGUCUUUGUCGUUGACCUGAUGCCAAAAGAAAAGUGCACAUCCAACCACUUUUGUACAGAUAAUUUAUUCACCCGCGGUCACGUGACCCGCGGCGGUGAGCGCUCACCACUUCCCGGGGGGCCGGGCCAAGCGAACGCGGCGGCGGACAAAGAAUGCGUUUGUGCGAGAGUGUUUCCUGUUUCCUCCGACUUGAGCCUCAGCUGCCUCCCUGGCUUUUUCACGGCGCGCUCCCUCGCUCGCCUGGGCGACCUUACGGCGGCGACAAGGGAACGCCGACACGGUGCUGGUUUACGCGCCGGUCACCAGGCGGCGCUGCCUUACGCCUCCCUGAGUCGACUUUGUUGUGUCCACCGGGACAAGUGGCAGUGUUAUUGUUAUUGUCGUCGUCGUCGUUUCUAUUUUUUACACGUAUUGACGGCCGGGAAAUGGCUGCUGUUGCCAUGGCGACCAACCAAUGGUAAGAUGACACUUCAACAUUUAAAGGACUUCCUGUCAGCAUCUGUUGGGGGGGGGGGGGACACACACAAUCACAGGCCAAGAUGGUGUUUUAUCUCUGUGGAGACCCACCUUGUUCUCCCACAGCUUGUGAUGUCUUGUUGCCAUGGUGACCUCCAAGUUCCAGUGCUGCUGAGUUGCCGUGACAACAACGAAAGAAAAUGGCUGUUUAUUGAUGAUUGAUAAGAGAUUAUUGGUUAGUGGCCGGCCACUGCCUUCCUUCCAGCUGUAUGACACGACAAUAAAGCAUUGAAAGCA